ACCGCCGCCAUUUUCCUUGUUGUAGGUGCAUCAAAUGUCAUAAUAAUUUAAUUUUUCGAUAUUGUAAAUUUUCUUUUACUUUUUAAGUUAUUUCGUAUGUAUUAUCAAGAUAAAUGCGUGUACUGUAAAGGUGUUAAGUGUUAGCCGCAGUGGAUUUUGCUUGCAAUUGCCAUCAUCGUGCGAAGUCGUCAUUUCAAGGAUCCUUCAUGUUCUUCAAAGAGGAUCAUCUCUAAAAGGCAGGAAAACGAUACACGCCCACGUCGAUGUGUAUUGUGAGACAUUGUUUAUGAGUCGAUCUCGUUGCGUAUAAUGACGCCGUAGGGCAGAGUGUGGUGCGAGAGUGUUGAUGGGACAAUGAGCGAGUCUCCAGGCGUGGAGUGGCUGCCGGCCUACAGCCCGGGCCCGCCACGCCACAGCCCGCUCGGACCCAUCCCGCGGUUCCUCUACGAGGAUGUUCAGCCACUGGGGCUGCAGCAGGAGAACAACAACAAAGAAUCAGACCAGAAAGAGAAUGCAAACAAAAUUCAACACGCGAAGCCAGCAUACAGCUAUGCCAGUAUGAUCAGGCUGGCGAUCAACAGCUCUCCAAACGGGAAGAUGACACUGAACGAGAUCUACAACUACAUAUGUAAUGCAUUCCCUUAUUACAAAGAAGCAGGAAAGGGUUGGAUGAACUCGAUAAGGCACAACUUGUCGCUGAACAAAUGCUUCAUGAAGGUGGCGCGCAGCAAGGACGACCCCGGCAAGGGCUCGUACUGGGCCAUGGACACCAGCUACAAGAUGGCGGAGGUCACGCCUCGCCGUCGCCGGAGUCUCAGGAUGGCGCCGUACAGCCCGGAGUGCAGCUCCAACAGCAGCGGCGAGGCGGGCGCGCCGCCGCCCGACAUCGCGCCCACGCCCCCCGCCACCCCCACCACCCCCACUACCCCCACCACCCCCACCUCGCCCGCCGCGCCCGCGCCGCUGCAGGGGGGCGCCAUCAAAGAGGAGCCGAAUACGAAACACACGGACGACGCUUUGACAGCGCUCAUGAAUGAGGAACUCAUGGCUGAUGUAGAUAUUACCAGAGAACGCCUGUGGUGUUCGGGGGUGCGCAGACACGUGUGCGGAGCCCUGCGGCACUCCGCGCUGACGGACGACUACGGGAACUUCGUGGUGCAGCGUCUGGACGACUGCGACUGCCCCGUCGACGAUGACGUCACCGACCCCGCGCCCGCCGCCGCCGCCGCCGCCGCCGGCUACUGGCCGCCGCAGAUUUUAUAACAGACGGUCGCCAUGUGACACCACUGAAGAGUUUGCGGCCGAGUUGCGUGAGUUUUUGUUACUGAGCGAUUUAAAAAAAUUGGUUUUUCGUGUCGAUAUUUUUAUGUGAUGCAUUUUCGCUGCAAACAUCUGAUGAUUGAAGGAUUUAUUCUAUACAAUACUAUGAAUUUUGUGGUAAUGAAAGAAGUUGGUUAUUAUUAUAGUAAAAACAGGAUUUACGACAUAGUUUUCAAAGUUGUAAAAUACUGACAUUAAUUGAAAAUUUAUUCACAGUCGUCAAUUGAAGUACUUCUUGACUGUGAUUGUUUGUGGAUAAAGAUAACAUAGGUGAAAUCCCACCAAUUUACCAUCGGAGGUUUGAUUGCAGGAGCCUGAGAAAGAAACACUACUGAAAAGCAUAAUUUCGAAUUGGUAAAUAUUUAACAACGAUAAUACAUGAAAUAAUUGUCAAAUCUAAUGAUAACACGAAGACUUUAAAGAAAACAGCAAAAUAUUUUUUCAAUACUUGGAAAUAUUUUUUUAUUCUCAUGCUCAGGAAUCAGUACCACAAAUAUAUAUGAUCUAAACAUGUACUGAUUUGGUGCCUUCACCUGUUCUACUAUUAUAUGAGAUGGUUUGUAUUGAAUGCACUUGGAAAACGGUCAGCAUACGUUUUAAACAUACCUUGAUCAGAGUAAAUAAAAAUUUCAACUUAAUGUUUUACUAAACUGUAUUUUUAUUAAUGGUCGUUCAGUGUAAGUAUUUUUAUUUACUUUGAUAUAUAUAUAUAUAUAUAUGAAUGUAUUUAUUGCAGUUUUUAAAAGGCAUACUAUUGUAUAAACGCUAUUAUAAAAACAAAGGUGACUAUCUCUGCUAUGAAUAGUAGAGAUAGUAGGUAAUGAAAAUGUAUUUGUUUGGUACGUGUAAGUCAGACAGUAAGCAAAAUAAAAAAAAAAACAUCUGUCAACCUCAAAUUUACUCCUUUUUUAAACAAAACAAUUUUUUUUAAAUCGGUAGGUAUGAGAAUUUUGUGAAUACAAUUGUUUUGUAAAGAGUUUGAUGUUUCGCAAACUUUGAAAGUGAAAUGACUUUAAGUAAGUCUUUUCGAACAUUGCAAGUUUCAUUCUAACGUAUAGUCCCAGUCCCAGCCAAGCUGUGGUCGACCGAGCGAGGCCGAGGGAAACGAAUACAAUAUCUAAAUCUAAGGACAAUGACGAAUUUGUGGUUAUAGUUAUAAAGGCGAGAUUCCCGCGCUCAAAAAAAAUCUAACAUCAAUUAUGAACUUUAACUCGAUGAGAACACGGUUAAUUUUCGUCGUAACGAUCAUUUUCAUCCUAAAUGACUGAACGGGGAAGAAAAAAAACUCCUGCUACUUUUUUACCAUUUUUUAAUCAGUAAUUUACUAUAGAUAUAUAUAUUUGUUUGGUAAAUUAUGAGCAGAAGGAUUUUUAGGAUUAUUCUCGUCAUUGUUGCGUAAUUUUUUUCAGUAUGUAAAAUGAAGAGAAAAUCCAUUCGUUCAAAUGUUAAAUGUAUAGUGUCGUAACGAAUUAUAGAUAUAUAUAUAGUAACAGAAUAACCGCAAUAGUUUUGUAUCGACUCGUUGUUUUUAUACGGAGCCAGAGACAUUAUCAGAUCACAUAUCUGCCAACUAUUUAGCGUAGCGUAGUUACCUAGAACCAUAGACACGGACCAUGCAAGGCGACGGGCCUCGGAGGGAUCUUGCUGUGUUGUACGUAAACUGUGCUACCUCUGGGCUUUCCCGCUCAUUGAUAUACGGGUGAUUGCUUAUUGUAGUCCAUUUGAUUGAAGUUUUCAAGGAAUCACAGUUUUCAUAAAAGAUUCAGCUGCAUGUUAGGCUUAUUUUAGUUAUAAUGUGUCGGUCUUUUAAUGAGAAAUAUUGAAAAGAUUAGGACCAAACAUAUUUUAAAUAAAAUAGGCAUAACAAUUUUAAGGGUAAAAUUGGAAAUUUAUAUUUAAAAAUUACGGCUUUCAAGCAAAGAUAUAACGUGAAAAUAAUACAGAGAUUAUAGCACAGUUUACAUGAGCGGAAAAUAUAUGUAGAAAAUGUAUAACAGUAUUUGGAGCCAGAUUGGUGAAGACAGAUCUCAGAAUGACCAGUAUAUUAUAUAGAAAUAUUAUCAUAGUGUGCUAAUUUUAUAAUUUUAACUGUGCAUAUGCGGUUAGCAAUCGUUUACGUUAAUACGAGAGUAUGAUUUACAUAUAUAAAAUAUUAUAAUAAAUAUAUUGAUAUAAAAUCGCACCUAUAUACGUAAUUAUUGCUUUUUAGUGUAGAUUUAAAGAUUUGGCCUAUCGAAGAUUUAUAAUAUUAGGUUCAGCUUGCCUAACCAUUGUUUUUGAGGUGCAAAAAACUCAACUUUUUUGUUACAUUUGUGCCAUAGAGUGGGAAGGGAUUGCGAGAUGAACAUUUAGAGUAAAAAUUGUCCCAUAUCUUAAUGAAAAUGUGUUCAGAAUUUUUUAGAAGUUGUACCUACAUACAUAAUAAAACUUAGUAUUGUGUGUAUAUAGUAAGGCAUUAUUUUAUAUAGAGUGUCUCCGGAUACAACAGCGCAUAAUAUUUUAAAUUGUGCCGGUUUUAUUUUAAUUGAUAAAUGUCUAUGUUUACGUAAAUACGUGUACUUUAUUUUAUAAGGAUACGAGACCACAUGUAACUAUUCUAACAUUUACACAUCACCUACUGAAUAUUAGGGUGUUAAACGAAAAGUAUACAUGUAGUUUCGUGAGCGGACAUAAUAUAAAAUGUAUAUAUUGUUUAUUUUAAUUUGUAUGUGAUAAGCCUGUCACAUAAUAUUUUAAGCACUUGAAUCACGCUACAAAACCUCAUAACGUUAACAUGAAAACGUAAUAAAUAUUAAUAUUAGAAUAUAUUUUAAUAACUUAUUGAGUUACAGGGAUAUUGUUUUGUUCAUGACGUAUACGAAAUGGGAAAAUGCAACACCAAUUUUUAAAAUUUUGUAGCGCGAUUCCGAAACAUGGUUUUAUAAAGUAAAUUUGAUUGGCAAACGUAAAAUUGCCAAUUUAAUAAGAAAUAAAUUAGUUAGCUAUUCAAAAUGUCUUGAGACCUUAUUGGUUCGUAAAAUUUACAUUCCUUUGAUUUAGUUGGAAAUAUUUUAGCAAUUUUUUUUCUUUUAUUUUAAAUAUUGGAGUUCGAUUCAGUAUUUAUAUUUACACAUACGUAUUGGUUUCGUAGAUAAUUUGAAUUUAUUAUAUUAUUUGGCUAAAGGAUAAUCGUCUACCUAUCGGUUUCGAUCACUAUGGGUUUCGAAUGAUAUUAUAAUGCAACUGGACUGGCAGCUUCAGCUUGUUAUUUUCAAAACGUUUUCCAAAGGAAAUAAUACGCUGGUAAGGGUCCGAAACGGUGGCUGUAGAGGCAAUAUCAGGACCCUUUGACAACUUGGAGGUCCCGGGUUCGAUCCCCGGUCGGGUCGUGAUGGAAAAUGAUCUUUUUCUAAUUGGCCCAGGUCUUGGAUGUUUAUCUAUAUAUGUAUUUGUUUUAAAAUAUAGUAUCGUUGAGUUAGUAUCCCAUAACACAAGUCUCAAACUUACUUUGGGGCUAGCUCAAUAUGAGUUUAUUGAACUGUGGUGUUGAUCAGUAGACGGUAAUCCUAGUUAGCUCGUUUUGCGACAUGGUGCAUAAUAAUAGUUGCCAUCUUUUUGUUUGAUAGUAUUUAUUAUUUUCUGUGAUAAAUGAUUUUAUUUUUGACAAAAAGCAUGACUGUCAAGAGAAGUUUAUUCAAGUAUGUAUUCGCUAAAGUAAACAGUGUUCAUGCAAUUUUUUGGAAAUUCUUUAACUCAUAUUUUAUAUACAAUUAAUUACAUUACUAACUUACGUUUGUAAUUUAAUUAUUUUAUACGGCGUUUUUACGCAUUGGGAUUUGCUAAGACAUAUUUUGUACGUGAUGGAUCAUCGCGUGUAUAGAAAUUAUGUUAUUUCGGUUACAACUCCGCCUAUGAUGAUAUUACCGCGGUACGAAGCAAAAUUAACUGUUUUAUUAUUGUAAUCACGUUAGCAGUUUAAUUUAAGAGUAGGAUGUUCUACCUCUAAACAAAUCAUAGUUGAUGUACAAUAUAAACUUUUAACAAA